AUGCGGAACACGGAACCGUCUUUGCAUAAUAUCAGCAAAAAGCAUCAGCUGGAAAAAGCUCCAUCAGCCAGUUGCAGUCACAUGCCCGAAAUGUGUCAUGAACUGCACCUACAUUUCCUAACCAAAAAUAACACUUGCGCGGUGAGUCAUCGCACGUCUGGCAUCGUCGUGGUCAACCAUAACUUCCGCAGUUAUUGUACUGGAACAUUCCGGGAUGGCUCUCGUGUGUUGUUAUUACACGGGGGACUUCUGUUUUCAUCACUGAAUAUCAGUUCCUCCCGACAGCGUGACAGUGGUCGUGGGGGGGCGGGGGGGUCGCAGCGGCCCGUGGCGAGUGUGGUCGGUCCGUUCCAGGAGGGGGAGAUGCUGGUGCUCACUUGCUUGGCACAUGGGGGUAGUCCACGCCCCUCCGUUGUGUGGUUUAGGGACACAUACCUAAUAGACUUCAACAUGGAAUCCGAAGAAACAUCCCCCGUCAUAGAACUGGCAUCACUAAAUCACACGACAGUCCCACCCGCCCCCUACGUCACAACGCUCAAUACGGGGCCCAGCCAGACCAUAGCGGAGCCCUACAAUACGCUCACUCUAGGGCCCCUCACCCGCAAUGAUCUCAAAUUGUUGUUAACUUGUGAGGCGUCCAACAACAACUUAACGAUACCUACCUCAGUGGUUGUUAUGGUCGAUAUGAACUUGACAGAAUAUUCUUCAGAUGAAUAUUUCAAUCUUUCAUCCAAUCGUAUCCAGUGUGUAGCCUAA